UCCCCUGUAAACAUGGCCGCUUUCGUCAGGCUUUGCUACACGUGCAGUGCGAAAAAGGCGUCAAAUAUCUCUCAAGGAACUUGUAUAUUAUCCAGACGGUUUGCAACGACAGUUAAUUAUGGAGUUGCGAAAAGUAGGAACUUUAUGCAGUGUCAAUGCAGGCUGCAUAGUACUGAGAAACUUGUCAGUGGAUUACAUCAGACAAGGUCGCCAAGUGUGCUCAAACACUGUGAACAACAUAAUGGGCAGCCUAGGAUGGUUUUGUUCAACGAAAAGCGAACACUAAGCACCUAUAGACAUCAGACUAUCUCAAAGAGCGCUAACACUUCUAAUUUUAUGAAAUUCAACCCUUCAGCAUUGACACUGAACAGUCGAGCUGGUCGGACUUUUCUAGAACUGAGUCGAAUUGCUUCUGCUACCGUUUCUUCGAGAUAUUUUUCGAGUAGCUCUGAUAAAGGUGACGGAAACGAACAUGGGCAACCUGCUGAGGAAGAAUCGCAGACGCCGCAUGUGCAGCCCGAGCCAUUUCCAAUGGGAGCUCUUACCACCUUAGCAGUUCCUGAAAUUUUCCCCAAAGUGCCCGUCAUUGCAAUCAGCAGAAAUCCAGUUUUCCCAAGAUUUGUGAAGAUGAUAGAAGUUGGUGACAAGACCUUGAUGGAUCUGCUGAGAAGGAAAGUGAGACUCAAUCAACCAUAUGCUGGAGUGUUCUUGAAAAAGGAUGACAGUAAUGAGAGCGAUGUCGUUUCCCGCCUGGAUGACAUCUAUGAUGUGGGAACCUUCGUCCAGAUCACCGAGAUGCAGGACCUUGGAGACAAGUUGAGGAUGAUCGUCAUGGCACACCGCAGGAUUCGGAUUACUGGACUUGUCUCAGAGGAAGCUGAAGGGCAAGAUCAAGCCAUUGAAGCAGACAACAAUAACAGUAACAAGAAGAAACGGCGACGACGACGUAACGGCCGCAAUGGUGGUGAGGAGGCGGUAAAGACAGUGGGAGGGGAACCAGUUGAGUCGUCUCCCUUGUUGGAUAAUGUGGCAGAGCAGAUGCUUCAAGCUCCAACACCUGUACCGCCCAUGCCUCACGUCCUGAUGGUGGAUGUGGAGAACCUUCAGCAUGAGCCCUUCACCAGCGAUGAUGAGAUAAAGGCACUGACAUCUGAAGUUGUGAAGACGAUCCGGGACAUCAUAGCAAUGAAUCCUCUGUACAGAGAGAAUCUGGCCCAGAUCAUUCAGGCUGGUCAGAGAGUGAUUGACAAUCCAGUUUACAUCAGUGAUUUAGGAGCUGCUCUGACUGCUGGGGAGGCGGAGGAACUCCAGAAGGUCCUGGAGGAGACAAAUGUACCAAAGAGACUGAUGUUGGCCCUGUCAUUGUUGAAGAAGGAGUUUGAACUAAGCAAGCUCCAGCAGAGGAUUGGUAAAGAGGUGGAGGAGAAGGUGAAGAAGCAGCACCGUGAGUACAUCCUGCGAGAGCAGCUGAAGAUCAUCAAGAAGGAGUUAGGCAUUGAGAAGGAUGACAAGGACGCCAUUGAGGAGAAGUUCCUCUCUAGACUCAAGGACCUGACAGUGCCGAAUCAUGUGAAGGAGGUUAUAGACGAGGAGCUGACCAAGCUGUCCCUGCUAGACAACCACUCGUCAGAGUUCAAUGUGACCCGUAACUACCUGGACUGGCUGACCAACAUGCCAUGGGGGAAGCACACUGCCGAGAACAUGGACCUGGACAAGGCCAACAUUGUCCUGGAGGAGGACCACUACGGCAUGGACGACGUCAAGAAACGCAUCCUGGAAUUCAUCGCUGUGACUCAGCUGAAGGGCUCGGUACAGGGCAAGAUCCUCUGCUUCUAUGGGCCGCCCGGUGUAGGCAAGACCAGCAUAGCCAAGUCUAUUGCCAGGGCCCUCAACAGAGAGUAUUUCCGAUUCAGCGUAGGCGGCAUGACCGAUGUAGCUGAGAUCAAAGGUCACAGGCGGACGUACGUAGGCGCCAUGCCAGGGAAAGUUAUUCAGUGCCUAAAAAAAACCAAAGCAGAAAAUCCUCUGGUUCUCAUUGAUGAGGUGGACAAAAUCGGCAAGGGUUACCAAGGUGACCCAUCAUCAGCUCUCCUGGAGUUGUUGGACCCAGAACAAAAUGCCAACUUUCUGGACCACUACCUGGACGUCUCCAUGGACUUGUCAAAGGUGUUGUUCAUAUGCACCGCUAACAUCACCGACACCAUCCCGGAACCACUGAGGGACAGGAUGGAGAUGAUCGAUGUGUCGGGAUAUGUGGCUGAGGAGAAACUGGCUAUAGCUGAGAAAUACCUGAUUCCACAAGCCCAGGACCACUCCGGAGUUCACAAGGAAAACAUUGAAAUCAGCGAUGAUGCCAUCACAACACUGAUCAAGUCCUACUGUAGGGAGAGCGGAGUGCGCAACCUCCAGAAACACAUAGAGAAGAUCUAUCGCAAGGCUGCGUACAAGAUGGUGAGGGAGAAAAUUGAUACCAUUCGUGUAGAUGUGGACAACCUCCAUGACUACGUUGGCAAACCGAUCUUCACCACCGACCGCAUGUACGAGGACACCCCCCCAGGCGUAGUGAUGGGCCUUGCCUGGACUUCCAUGGGUGGGUCCACGCUGUACAUCGAGACAGUCAACAAGAAACCCAUCUUGCCGGACUCGACUGACGCUGGUUCCCUGGAGGUGACCGGUCACCUGGGUACCGUCAUGAAGGAAAGUGUUAACUUGGCGUACACCUAUGCCAAGUCCUACCUGACAGAACACCAGCCUGAUAACUCCUUCCUGCAGAAGGCUCAUGUGCAUCUGCAUGUGCCUGAGGGAGCGACGCCGAAGGAUGGUCCUAGUGCUGGCUGCACCAUCACCACGGCGAUGCUAUCACUGGCGCUCGGACGCCCUGUUCGCCAAAACAUGGCCAUGACGGGGGAGGUGUCUCUCACAGGGAAGGUUCUGCCGGUCGGGGGAAUCAAGGAGAAGACAAUUGCUGCCAAGAGAGUGGGAGUGACUUGCAUCAUCUUGCCUGCUGAGAACAAGAAGGACUUCUCGGAUCUUCCUGAAUACAUCACUGAGGGUCUCGAGGUCCAUUUUGUCAACCAUUACAAGGAGGUGUUCAGUCAUGUGUUCCCUGAUGUGUGAUGCUAGCUCUGUACGUGCGAUGCCAUCCUUGAAUAACCAGUGUAUUAUAAAUACUGGUACCGGUACUGUGGACUGGUUCUUUGUUAGGAAUCUGAUCAGGUUAUAUGGUACUGGAAGAUGCUUUCUAAUGAAUUUGCUCUCACCUGUGAGAGAAUUCAGUGCGAAGUUCCAACAUGGCAAUUGGGACAUCGUAACCCAAAUGAAGCUAUGGUAGAGGAUGGAGCCAGGGUAUUUAUUAUGAUAGAAUGUUGAUAUUAUACCCUGCAUAAAUGGAGAUGGUACAAUGCCAGUUCUGUGUGCGUGUUGGAUGCGAGCUGUCUGUGUAUGUUCGAUGGCUGUGAGUGUUGAUUCACAUUUCCUUGGCUCUCAUGACUUGGUGUGUCAUGGAGGCACAACUUUUACCUACCAAACCAGAUUUGAAGACAACAAGCAGUAUUUAAAGCUCUGAUUAUUUCUUCAGUUUAGUUGGAAAAUCUUGUUUUAGUGUUUCUCAGUCAGUGCUGAGAUAUUGUUGUAGGAUUAUUGCUUGUAGCAAUAUAUACAGGUAUAUUUCCUGAUUUCUCAGAACAUUUCCAUCAUUUAAACUUUUCAGGUUUCUUUUCAUUGUGUUUUGAUAUUUCUAUUAUAUUAGAACAGUGCUAUUACUUAACCAAACUAUUUCGCAAAUUGUGCGAUUCAUAAACAUGUCCAAAGUAAGAUUGGUUUUUAUGAUCGGAGUAAGGAGUCAUUUCGAUUUUACCCUGUGUUGAUGCUAUUGAAUGAAGUUGGCAAUGUGAUGGUUGUAACUGUAACAUAAUCAGAAUCAUUGUGGUGAUAUUGUUUUGUGAGGUGCCUGGUAUGUGGAAUCUUGCCCCAAAGACAGAGCUGUAUAUCCUUCAGAUUGUGAUGAAAUGUGUUGUUGCCAGGGUUGUAAGUUGAUAAAAACAAUUCCUUCACUUAUUCACUCACUGAAUUGACAGUAGUUAAUAAAAAUGAAAACAAAAUAUUAUACCCAGUAAAACAGGCAUAGAUUAUAAACCAUCCAUGUAAAUCACUGUGGAUGUAUCACUGCUUGUAUCCAAAAUGGCAGAAGAGGACAAUGAAAUAUAUAUCAAUGCCAAGGCCGUAGUUAACUUUUUUUGACAGAGGGGGGGCAAAUAAGAUUAUUCCUUUCUUAUUCAAGCUAACUUUCACAAGGAAAAUUGUUUUCUAUAAACAAUCCAGGGGGCAACUGCCCCCCCUGCCCCCCGGCUGGCUACGGCACUGAAUGCUACAUUCAUUCUCUUUAAUUCAAACUCGAGAUCAACAGUCUUAAACAUGAAUGGAAGCUGAAAGACAAAUUGAAAAAAAUAAAUCCAACAUUAUGAAAAUAAAUAGCAUGUAGUAUUGUCCAAUCAGUUGACACAAGACAGCAACAAAGUUGGCAGAUGGCUUUUUUCAAAUUCUUGAUUCUAAAUGUGUGUGCGGUUAGAAGGUGUGUAUUUAAGAGGAAAAGUAAAACAUAUUUAUUUCAUUAAAGGUGAUGUUUACACUGCACAUAUUUUUGUACAACAUCAAGACAAAUAUAUAGCAGUAAUACCUUGGUUGAACAAUCAUGUACAGGACAUUAUGUAUGUUUGUAGUAUUUAACAAUAUACCCAUUUGAUAUAUCUAGAAUAAACUUUCCAUAGAUAUGUUUAUUUCUUAAUGUUGUUAAGAAUGAAUGAUUGUUAGUGUUCUACAUUUUAGAAUGUAAUUUGAAGCCAUUUGUGUGUAAUAUCAAGAUUAUGGUCACGACCAUCAACAGGACAUUUAGUGGGAUGGGUUGCUCUGCGGAGUUAAUUCCCUUGGUUAGCUGUGCCACUUUAUUUCCUCAUUUGUAGGCUCACGAUGUCUCGACUGUGUGAACAGAUGAUGUUCUUCGUUAAGUCUGUUUGUUGUGUAUUGCCGCAGUCAGCUGUAUGACUGCAGUGAAGAAUCGGAUCUGGAACAGACAAUCCACUGAUUGACCUCAUGAGCGUUGAUCUACGCAAAUGGGAUGUGAUCACAGGACUUUUUAGCAGAAUUCAUGCACAUUCAUGACCCUUUAUGGACCAGUCCACCCUUUGAGGUUGAGAGUGGUUUGGUCCGUGAAUAUGCAUGAAUAUGGCUAAAAAGUCCUGUGGAUACAACAUGCCUCAACUAAGUCAGCAAGCCUGACUGCCCAAUCCCAUCAGAGCCUGACUGCCCAAUCCCAUCAGAGCCUGACUACCCAAUCCCAUCAGAGCCUGACUGCCCAAUCCCAUCAGAGCCUGACUACCCAAUCCCAUCAGAGGCUGACUACCCAAUCCCAUCAGAGCUUGACUACCAAUCCCAUCAGAGCCUGACUACCCAAUGCCAUCAGAGCCUGACUACCCAAUGCCAUCAGAGCCUGACUACCCAAUCCCAUCAGAGCCUGACUGCCCAAUCCCAUCAGAGCCUGACUACCCAAUCCCAUCAGAGGCUGACUACCCAAUCCCAUCAGAGCUUGACUACCAAUCCCAUCAGAGGCUGACUACCCAAUCCCAUCAGAGGCUGACUACCCAAUGCCAUCAGAGCCUGACUACCCAAUCCCAUCAGAGCCUGACUGCCCAAUCCCAUUAGAGCCUGACUGCCCAAUCCCAUCAGAGCUUGACUACCCAAUCCCGUCAGAGCCUGACUACCCAAUCCCAUCAGAGCCUGACUACCCAAUCCCAUCAGAGCCUGACUACCCAAUCCCAUCAGAGCCUGACUGCCCAAUCCCAUCAGAGCCUGACUACCCUAUCGCGUCAGUAGAAGACAAUUAUACAGCCUCCUAGGCUUGAGGUCAAGACAUUGCCAAUGAGAAAAGGUUAAAUUCCCUCCAUGUUUAUAGAGCUUGACGUGGCUGGAUAAUACUCUGCUAAAAGUGUUGAGACAACCUACUCACUUCUCGGCAGAUUGCGACAAAAUCACUGGGCAUUCAGUACUUGCAUCGUUGGAGCUUCUUGGUAGACAUGCUUUAGAAUUUGUCAAUCUGAGUUAGUAGUUCCAGUGGUAGGAUUGUAUCUUUAAUUAAUGACAUGCCUUAGUCAGUUUCACUUUCUGGAUAUUCCAGCAUCCUGCUAUCAUUGCACCCAAUAAUGCAUUUAUUUCAAUUAUUUCUUGCAUGCAUAAGGAUCGAUUGUAUUAUUUAUACAGAGAUUGUGAACGAUUGUUUAUGAUCAAAAUCAAACGCAUGAGGCUAUAUUGUCAUGCACAAUAUUAUCACAAUGUGAACAUUCAUAUAUGAUAUACUAUAUCAGCUGUUGUGAUGCUGAAAUAAAGCAGACUUAAGUAUGUA